UUAGUCUAUGUAUUGUUUACGCGUCACGCCAGGUGUCGCAUGACACCUGGUACCAUGUGACUUGACGCGGGAAUCUUGAAUGUAAUAAAGCAGAACUCACAACAAUGGCGACGAGGAUGGUCACAUUUUAUUACGUUGAAUGAUAAUUUUACGAUUUUAAACAACAUGGAGCCUCUAUGCUCAAAUGAAAUUGACAAUAGUUGUGAGGAAACACGGAUUACACAUAUGGAAAACGAAAUUAGACACUUGAACUCAAAAUUUGAAGGACUAUGUGAAAACGUUUAUAAAAUGACAGAAGGACUGCAGAAAUUUCAAACAGAAUUUAUCUCAUAUAUGAGACGUGACAAUCCAUCCUUAUUGGAAAAUUCAGCUGCACCCUUGACUCAUGCUCAGCAAGGACACAUUGAGAUAAAUGAUCCUCAUGAUGCCGAUGCUCCACCUGUCUCUGUUACUUCAACGGAGUCUUCAACUCAUGGUUUAGCUGAGCGAAUAAGUUCAAAUGCUGAUUUUAUACCAGACCCGGGGCAACCAGUUGUCAGUGACCCAACCGUUCCAGCGUACCGUUAUGGACGUCAGAAUUAUGAUGCGAGAGGGCCACAUCUACAAUUCUGUGAGGAUGUACCCAGAUUUACUCCCACGCAAAGAUCGCGGCCAGUGGACACUCCCCUGUAUACUGACGAAAACCGACAACCACCUCCAACAGGU